AUGCUUGCCUUACGUUCCGUUCUUUCGCUUCUUCUUCUUCUCCUCCUGUCUGCUGCUCAGGCAUGGACAAAUGAAUGGGACGUGGUAAUUACACUGACAAAGACCAACACUCACACUGUCUGUCCUUGUGCGGAGUCAACGGAGACUGUUGACUGGCAAGAUUGGGUAUCGACGUGGUCAACAUUUACGCACCCUACGAUCCCUGCCACUCGUACAGACGGCCAUCUUACAUGGGGUGAUUGGGAGUCGAUCGGUGGCGCGGCUUCGGUGUCAUCGAAGCCUACCUCACAUUCGCGCACCACGAAAACGAGGACCAGGAGCCGUCCCCAGCCUCAUUCCUCAAAGACUCACAGCAGUUCUCGGACGUCGGCUUUGAACCAUGACCACAAGACGAGCAACUUCAUAAUCACGAUACCUCCUUCGACUCAUUCGACGUCCGCUCCGAGUACGAGCGAGAGCACAACCUUAAGCAGGCGUACGACCCUCGGGAAAGACCCUGCCUCAAGCACCAGUACGAGCUCGAGUAGCCCAAGUACUCAUACUACAUCGAACCCUCAUCCAAGCUUUAGCAGCUAUACAGCAUCAGCAACCACCGACCCUGCGAGUGCUCCUACCACAUCCAGCAUCUACAGCAGUUCAACAAGUCCUCAUACUACCUCUAGUGCUCGCAGCACGUCGACGACCACCCAUACGGCCUCAGCAAGCACCGAUCCUCUGCCGAUUAUUCGCACCGCCUCAACCAGCAGCCAUACCACAACGAGUGUUCAUACCUCCAGCACUGACACCACUUCAAGCACGACUUCGUCGGCUUCUCGCGUUGGCACUACUACAUCGUUGGAACCAUCUUCAUCGGCGCCAACGUCCACGUUGUCUUCCACCCUGUCAACCACUUCGAGUACUGGUACCAUAUCUUCUUCUCCUGGUACCCCCCCGACAUCUACGGCAGAUCCCCAGACUACCUCGUCUCCAAGCACCACCUCCACGUCAAGAUCCAUUCAGUCGACGACCUCGGAUCCUACCACGUCUACUUCUUCUGCGGGAACGACAACAUCCUCGGUCCCAUCUUCGACGAGUACGGCGACAAGCACGACUUCGACAACUUUAGAUGCGCUCAUAGCCACGUCCAGCUCCAGUACCAGCACUACCACCACGACAACGACAACGACAACGACAACUACAACCCAGAGUGCGUCGCCAACACCAAGUAUGAUCUGCGGCGUCAUCGGCACGAUAGGAGGCAUGGCUUCACUACCAGGUUACCUCCCUUACACUCUCGCCGAAUGUGCUGCGAAUUGUCAAUCGUAUCCCGAAGGGAUAUCUUAUUGUACCGCGUACAUGGUCUGGGAGGCGGCCGCGGUGUGCUACCAGUUCCACGGCUCGACGCUCACGGCUGCCAACGUGGUACCUGGGAAUAGCAAUUACAAGGUCUAUGAUCGGAACUGUCCGAUCGCGUCUUAG